UGUCACUCACUCCUGCCCUUCACCUCUAUGGGGACACAUUCAUAAAGCUCCACACACUCAACGGUACUUUUCUCUGUGAACUUAAUAAACCACUGCUGGAUUGUAUGAUUUUUUCCAUGGCAGAGAACAAGCCGUACCGCUAUGGGCUCAUCGUUCUGGGAAUGGCGUUCAUGGCGUUGGGUCUGUUCAUGAUUUCCGUAGAGAAGCCACAGGUGUUUGCCACGUUCUGCGCUGCGGGAGUGAUAAUGGUGAUCAUUGGGUCUGUCUGGUCAGUGUGUCAGUGUUACCCCAGGGUGACCGUUAUACUGCCAGAUAAGGAAGAAAUCUGUGGGGCUGAAAAACAGGACUUGAGUGCUGGAAGCUCAGAUGAAAAAAGUCCAACGAAACCAAUAAGAGCUCCCUUGGCUGGCUUCUGUGACGAUGAAGUAGAAAUAUCGGCAGAUCCAAAACACCAAUCCGGUGAGCAUGUUAUCGUCCUCCACACAUGUCGAAGUUCUCCCAGUGUUCUGGUCUGCUCCAGCACUCCACUGACGGACAGAAGAUCUCCACGACCAGACCCCAACAGAGAGAUGUACUAUGGGAAAGUGGAGGACUCGUGUUACCACACAUCUGAGCUGGAGAGUGAAUAGCUACUGCUGAUAAUGUCCAAAUCACCAUCUAUGUCUGACAUAAAAUAUUUGACACCUAUGUAGCUCUAAUUUUAUUUUUUAAAUAACUAGUAAAAUAACAAAAUGUCUAUGCAUGUAAUUUAUGUGCCAUCACUUUUUACAUUAGGCUGUCAAGCGUUUGAAUGUCACAAGGUCUGGCCAUGACUUUGUCAAAAGCAUAUGAUAAUAGAAUCGUUCAACUCUCAGGGAAAUAAAGCUGGAAAAGGUUUAAGCAUUAGGUGAUGAAAUACUUGUGCCCUUGACUCACCACACAGACCAGAGGACACUGAAAGAGGAACUGCCUGGUGUGAAGUUUUUAUAUUUGUUUGUGGUGCUCCUUCCUUUACAUUUGAGACAGCACAAUAAUUAUAAUUUAUAUGUUUUUAGAUUAUUUAAAUGUAUUAUCUGAAAAAUUCUAUUACUUUAAUGUGUAAAAGCGAUUACGUUCUAGAUAUUUUUAGUCAUGUAAAAAAAGAAAAUGCAUGUUGUAAUACUGUGAAUCAUCUUGGCCACAAAUUAUGUAUGCGUACGCACUCCUUUGUUUUUGGGACUUUCCAUUUAUGAGGUUCCAUUUGUGCCAAAAAAAGGAGUCAACUGCUUUGUGCUAUACAUUUGUCCGUGUCUACAUUGUCUAUGUGUUAAGAUGAACAAAGAACAUACUCAUCAACAUCUACUAAUUUGUGUUGGCUUAUGUCAUCCUCCUUGCCGAGCUAGUUCUGUCAUUUAUGGAAGGCUGUUUCCAAAAAUUAUGCUGACCCAAUUUAUGCGAAAAAGUGUUGACUGCUUUGUACAAUACGUUUGUUUAUGUCUUUGCUGUUGUUUCAUUUGUGUUAUCUACUUGUGUCGUCCUCCGUCAUAGCCUCAGCUCUGUUUUAUUCUUUAUACAGUAAGUCACUGCUGUCAGUCAACAAUCUGUAGUGCAUUUUAGAGUUAUCCAGGUAAACAAAUAGAAUGUUUUGAUACUUUUUCCACUGAUGAGCUUUUACAAUCUUUCUAACACUCUGACAAAUUAUGACAAAGCAUGAAGACUAAAGGACUAUACUGUAGAUUUGCUCAAGUUUAUGAAAACUUGUUAUUGAACAAAUGUAGGCUACAUGUUCUGUUUGUUUACACUCUUAAAAAUAAGGGUGCUUCACAAUGCCAUAGAAGAACCUUUUUGUCUAAAUGGUUCCAUAAAGAACUUUGUUUCACAAAAGGUUCUUUGUGUUCUUCAGAUUAUAAAAAGUUAAGAUCCUUUGACUGAAUAGUUAUUUGUGGAACCAAAAAUGGUUCUUCUGUGGCAUCUCUGUGAAGAACCUUUUUAGGGGUGUACCUGGAUAUCUGCAAAAUGGUCUGCAGAACAUUAACUGAGAGCAGUAACUCAUUAAGCAUAAAAUGCUGAACACAUGACAGGGAAGACAACAGUAGACAUAUGCCAUAUCCGUUGACUUCUGCUUUUAUACUGAACUAUUGUUAUUUUAUAUCCUCUAAACCUAAAUAUGAACCAUUUUUACAAAUGGGGCAGGUCACUCAAAAUACAUAAAUACAUUCCUCAUGUUUAUAUGAUCCACAGAAGAAAAAAAAUCUUAGUUUUUGAACAACAUAGGCUGAAUAAAUGAUGACAGAAUUUU